AUUUCACAGCCUGUUAUGGCUGCUCCAAUCUUCUUUCUCCUCCCGUUGGGAUUCCUGUUCAUAACAGCCACUUCCCAAGGACAGAAAAACAUCAGCCUCGCCAACUCUCUCACGCCCACCUCCAAAUCCUCAUGGCUCUCGCCUUCCGGCAUCUUUGCGUUUGGAUUUUACCAGAGAGGCAAUGGCUAUUACGUGGGAGUCUUCCUUCCGGGGACUUCGAAUAAAACCGUGGUUUGGACUUAUAACAGAGAUAACCCUCCGCUUCCAAGCAAUUCCACUCUGCAUUUCGAUAGCAGUGGCAGAAUUGUUUUGUCGUCAGCACAAGCGCAGGAUACAUACGUCGCCACUCCUAGCGAUACGACUGCUGCGGCUUCCAUGCUCGAUUCGGGGAACUUCGUUCUUUACAACUCUAACCAGGUCAUCAUAUGGCAGAGCUUCGACACACCAACAGAUACCAUUUUAGGUGGUCAACGUCUAUUGGCAUCACAGGAGUUACAUUCAAGUGCUUCGGUCACUGAUCCAUCGACGGGUCUCUUUCUCGUCAUCAUGCAGUUAGACGGAGUUCUGGCGUUAUAUCCUGAUGGCACUCCAUUCACUGCCGCGUAUGGUUACUGGGAUUCCGGGACACCUAAUAAUGGUCCGAAUGUGACGCUACAUCUUGAGGAUGAUGGGUUUCUCUACCUAUUGAAACCCCCCGGUGUAUACCUCGCGAACUUCACGAGCCAAGGACUUCCUAAAGAAGAUAUGAUCUAUCGUGCGACGAUCGACCCAGAUGGUCUUUUCCGGCUAUACUCAUUGAACAUAAGCAGGAAGGACGAUUGGUCAGUUGUAUGGUUAGCCACGACCGAUGGAUGCAGCCCCAAGGGCAUAUGCGGGCUUAAUAUGUUCUGUGCGAAUAUGGAUCUGAAUCCUCAGUGCCUGUGUCUUCCAGGAUUCGCAACUGUGAGGGAUGGCAACGGCACUGCAGGGUGUGAGAGGAACUUCACUGCAGAAAGCUGCAAGACAAUGGACUCCACGACCAGAUACAACAUUCAACCUGUUCCUAGCACCAUAUGGGAGGACGCAACCUAUUCCACUCUAACAUCGUUGACCAGUGAAGAAUGUGUAGCAGCAUGUCAGCAGGAUUGCAAUUGCGAGGCUGUCACAUACAGCGAUCAGUCCUGCAACAAGCAGAAGCUUCCUCUAAGAUUUGGUAGGAGAGUCGUUGGCGGGAACUCAAACUCACUACUUUACAUCAAGGUAGGUGAUGCUCCAUCUGGCGAAGGUGGAAGAAACGGCCUUGUGCAAAAGGAUAAUGAUAAGCAUACCCGGAGAGACAUUCUGAUUGCAGUUGCAUCAUCAAUUGCUUUUGCAAUAGUGAUGUUGGCAGUGUCUGGAAUUAUUGUUCACAAGAAUCGUGCCUGGGUUUACGAAAUGCUUCCAAAGGACGGAUUUCUCAGAACAAUUGAAGAUGUUGCUCCUAGAUCGUAUACUUUUGAAGACCUGAAGAAAGUCACUGGAAACUUUUCGGAAGAGAUUGGCAAAGGAGCUUUUGGAACAGUCUACAAAGGCACGCUGAUGAGGAAUCUGCAUGGCAGCAAAGUCGUAGCAGUUAAGAAACUAGAGAAGAUCUCCUCCGAGGGAGAAAGUGAGUUCCAAGCUGAGGUGAAAACUAUUGGAAAGACUCAUCACCGGAAUCUGGUCCGACUUCUAGGUUAUUGUCAUGAUGGACCGAAUAGGCUCUUGGUGUAUGAGUACAUGAGUAAUGGGUCACUGGCCGAUCUACUCUUUAAAGACGAAAAGCAAGCCAGUUGGGACGUGAAAAUGCGAAUAGCUCUUCAUAUCGUUAGAGGCCUCCUUUAUCUACAUGAAGAGUGCGAGACGCAGAUCAUUCAUUGUGACAUAAAGCCUCAGAACAUAUUGAUAGACGACAACAUGCAAGCGAAGAUUUCUGAUUUUGGGCUGUCGAAGCUGCUGAAGCCAGAUCAGACCAACACCACAACAGGCAUAAGAGGUACAAGGGGGUACGUCGCGCCGGAGUGGCACAAGAAUCUGCCAGUCACUGUGAAAGCCGACAUUUACAGCUUCGGAAUAGUGCUGCUGGAGAUCAUUUGUUGUCGAAGAAGCGUGGAUUGGAGCCUUCCUGAGGAGGAAGCCCUUCUUGAGGAGUUGGUUUACAACCGCUUCCAGGCUGGCGAGCUGGAUAAACUGGUGGAUUAUCAAACCAUUGACAAAAAACAAUUAGAGAGGACGGUUUCAGUUGCACUUUGGUGUACUCUAGAAGAGCCAUCGCUUCGUCCUUCGAUGAGAAAGGUGCUUCUGAUGCUUGAAGGCACCGUCGACGUUCCAAUCCCUCCUUCUCCUACUUCCUUCCUCAGUACCAUCUGAACCGUCUUGGCAACU